GUCAUGUCAUGUCAAUAAUCAUAAUAAUCUUGAUUUGAUUUGAUUAUUAGUCUGUGAUUGUUGACUUGAAAAUUCGGUUGAGAAGAGCUAUUUUUUCUUAUAUAAAUGAAUAUAAAAUCGGUAAAAAGCGUAAAAAGUAACUAAUGUGAUGGAAUCGACAAACCAGUGCCACUGCUGCCUGCAGCGGCCUUCGGCGAAAAAUUUGAGGGCACCGUACACUCGUCUUGGCACAACGGAAAUAUAUUCUGUCAUGAUCGAAGAAUGCUUUGUAAUUAAACUAACAUCGUGUGACGAUGGUAUAAGUGGUAUCUGCGAGGUGUGUCUGGGGCGCCUGCGGGAGGCCAGCCUCUUCAAGAUGCAGGUGCAGCACUGCCAGGCCAAGCUGCAGGAGAGGUUAGAGGGAGGGCUGAGUGUCAAAGACGAGGAAGGCUUAGAUGAACUAUCUGCGGAUGGCGCGUACAGCGAGUCUCCCAAGCCUUCUUUACUUUGCCUCUGUCCUCGCGCGCCAUGCAGCAGCUCGCGCUGGGGUGCUCCGCGAGGCUCGAGCUCGAACAUUUCUUACUGUCUUUAUCCUCGCCUCUGUCCUCGCGCGCCAUGCAGCAGCUCGCGCUGGGGUGCUCCGUGAGGCUCGAGCGCCUCCGCGACUCCCCGGGCGCGAGCCGGCCGUGUCCCGUGACGUCACACCGCGACCCGAGCCAGCCAAGUCCCGUGACGUCACACCGCGAGCCGAGCCAGCCGUGUCCCGUGACGUCACACCGCGAGCCGAGCCAGCCGUGUCCCGUGACGUCACAC